GAUUUAAUGGUGCAGCAUCACAAAGUUUUAUAGUUCAACAUUCUACUGAUGAUAAAACAUGGGUCAAUUCGUCCACAAUACCAGAUGGUACCAAUAAUGGUCGAGUUGACUAUUGUAUAGAAGGAUUGGAACCAGAUACUAGUUAUUAUAUCAGAGUGAUAGCUAGUAAUAAAUAUGGUGAAAGUAAAAUUGGAAGAUUAUCUCAGAGUGAACUUCCUAAGACAGCACCGAGACGAGAUGGUGGAAAUGGUUGUGAUGUUUGUGAUGAUAGAUUUGGUGCAGGUAUAGGUACAGGUCUUGGUAUUGCUGUGGCUAUUCAUGCUGUUGUUGUAAUAGGUGUAUUCCAAUACAAAUAUCGACAAGGUAAACGAAAGGAACCGGACCAAACGUAUGAUAUCGUUACUCCCAGAAGCACAGCUGAUGGUCAAACCUACCAGGAGUUAAAUACAGUACAUAAUACAGUAACACCACAAGCUAGUGAUGCAGCACAAUAUUACAACCUCAGAGCAGGACAAACUACAACAGAUCUUGACGAUACAAGACCAUACGCAAAUCUGUAGCUAAACAUAUUUCGUAAAGAGCUUAAAGGAGCAGAUUUUUAGAUGUGAUCACUUACAUGGCGACUAAACAUUCUAAAUUUAUUUUUCUGCUGUCUUUAACAGCCAUUAAAAAUAGAAACAGCAAAUAUUUUACUCCAAUAGGCCGAUGGAUCUACUUAUGGACAAGAUCAUCGCAGGGUUUUGCUACAAUCUGUGAUUUCAAAAACCUCUUGAUUGAAUUUGAAGACCACUUCCGUUUCUAUGCAGAGGCAGAGCAAGUCACAUACGAUGGCAAUCUUAAUUCUAGUGUCCACAUGACUAAAAUGUAUAUUUUGUAUAGUAUACAUAUUUCUUCUUCAGGAAGAUACCCCCUUACUACCAUCUUAAAAGUUACUUUAAGAACUGAAUUGCGUAGUGACAUAGGGCAUUGAUGUUUGACUCCAUACAAAACUACGUAUCGUUCUUACGUAGAAAUAACACACACGAACACAACCAUUUUGAAUCUCGUCCUCGACUUAAUAAGUCGAAUAUUGAUAGAGGCUAUAAUAUUUCAAUUAAAGCCUUCAAAUCACAUUUAAAUGUUUAGAAAUGGCUUU